AUGGCCGCUCAUCCAACUGGUCAAGAGAAGCAAUACUAUGACCAGUUAUUCGACGCAGUCAACAAGGAUAACAGCGGUCUCCUGGCCGGCAACGAUGCACUUCCUCUCCUCACCGCGUCGGGCCUCCCCCCGCAGACUCUAGGAGAGAUCUGGACCGUCGCUGACCCGGACAACAAUGGCUUCCUCACUCGUGACAGCUGGUACAAGGCUGCUCGACUUGUCGGAUGGCUGCAGAAGGGUGGUCAGACCAAGGUCGAGGCAUCGCUCGCGAACAAGAGUCCUCCUCUCCCAACGUUCAAUGGCUAUCCAACCCCACCUGCUCGCACAACAACUCCUGCAGUGCCGCUGUCGACGAAUACAACCGGCCAGCAGUCCCUGGCGCCGCUCACUGCUGAUGACCGAACCCAGUUCACUCGCAUCUUUGUCGGAUGCGGGCCACAGAACGGUCUCGUGAGCGGAGACAAGGCUCGUGAUGUCUUCCUGAAGAGCAAGCUCAACUACGACAAGCUUGGCCAGAUCUGGAGCCUCGCGGAUACGCAGCAGCGCGGAGCCCUUGAUCUUCCUGACUUCAUCAUCGGCAUGUGGCUCAUCCGUAAUUGCAUGGCAAACACUUCCGUGUCCCUUCCUCCAACGCUUCCGCCAGGAGCGUACGAGGCGGCUUCAGGCGGUCGCCCGCCGAUGGCCCCUCUAUCUGUGCAGAACACAGGUCAAGCAACCCCCCCCCAGCGACAGAUGACUGGGACGCUCCAGCCGCAGCUGACAGGCCAAAGCAUGUCGGCCACGGCCCACGCUCCUCCGCGUUCUACGAUGACUCCUACGAGACAAGGCACGUACUCGUCUAUUGGCGCACCAUCUGCUACAGCGUGGGACGUCACACCCGAGGCCAAGACGGCUUCAGACCAGUACUUCGCCCAGUUGGACACGCAGAACAAAGGUGUCAUCGAAGGGGACGUUGCAGUUCACUUCAUGCUUCUGAGCCAGCUUGAUGAAGCGAGUCUGGCGACGAUCUGGGACCUCUCCGAUAUUCGCCAAGAAGGCAAGCUGGACCGGGACGAGUUUGCAGUCGCAAUGCACCUCAUCAGCUCCAAGCUGGCUGGGAAGGAGCUCCCAGAGUCUCUGCCCCAGAGCCUUAUUCCUCCUAAACAGCGAUCUAGGGAGGUUCCUGCCCAGCCCCAACAGCCAGCGGCAUCAAAGGACCUCUAUGACCUUUUCGAUGAUCCUCCAACGCAGACCUCGCUGGUAUCUACUCCUGCAACUCCCUUUCUUCCACAGCCUCCUUCGAGGCGUGGCGCCGCGCACGAGCCUACGACGCGCCGUCUCGAGGUCACACCUGCUAGUUUUGGGGCUAUCUUCUCUAAGUCUUCGGCCUCUGCCGACCUGCUAGGCGACGAUACCCAAGAGGCUGCAGCGUCCGCUGUGCCAGACACGUCUGCUGAAAUCGGUAACAAGCGGAAUCAACUCGCAAACACGACACGCUCCGUCGCAGACCUGGAGAGGAAUCGCUCUGACCUCGAACAGCGCAGCGCCUCCAACUCGACGCAACUCGAGCAACUGGAGUCUGAGUUGACCACUGCUCGCACGAAGUACGACGAGGAAACGAAAAUCGUGGCAGAGCUCCGCGUCCGAGUUGGAGAACAGACAGCCAGACUCAGUCAGCUGCAAGCCGACGUCAUCUCUGCGCAAAGCGAUCUCACCGCAUGUAAGAUGGAGAAGGACGAGCUCGAGCAGACCUUCCUCCGCGACAAGGAGGAAGUGCGCGGACUGCAGAAGCGCAUGAAGGAAAUCGAGGACGAGAAGACUGGCAUCAAGCUCCUCCUCGAGAAGGUCAAGAAGGACUCACGCCAACAGAAGGGCAUGGUUUCGAUUGCGAAGAAGCAGCUUUCUACUGCGGAAGGCUCUCGCGACACGCUUCAGCAAGAGCUUCGCCAAGCCGAAAUGCCCGCUACCGCGGACGAGACUGAAGUGCCCGACGCUACCUCGACGCCGCGCGCUCUCAGUCCGGCGGCUACCGGUACGUCUAACCGCUCUUACAAUCCGUUCGACCGCCUCAACCGGCAGCGGUCGCAAGGUUCGGCCACAGGUUCCAUCACGGAGUUUGCCACCCCGUAUGCAACCCCAGGACUUGCAGGAGCUGUUGCCGCUGGAGGUGCUGUGGCAGCAGGUGUAGCCGCAGCUCAUUUGGGGCCGCAGAAUUACAGCCAAAGCCCUACCCCACAGGUCCAAGAAGGGCCUGAGGUUGAUGCUUUCGGUGCGCCUGUUGAGGAAUUGUCGGCGGCGUCUAGCACAGUCGUAUCCGAUCCCUUUGGCACUGCAUCCGCUGAUAGCGGCCCCCUCAGUGCGCCAAGCGGUGAGGCUGUUAUCGGUUCGCCGACUGCUGGCUUUGGCGACUCCUUCCACUCGAAUGGCGGGCAACACUCGACUACCGACACAACCGCAACAACCAACGAGGCCUCCAACGAGGCCUCCGACUUCGAUACUGCGUUUGCCGACUUCGACUCCAAGGUGGAUAUUGUGUCGCCUGUCCCUGCUCAUCGUCAGUCGCAAGACGUUGUCCCAGUGGAGGAGGACGUGUCAAGCUCCGAGCCUGCGGGUGCGGCUUUGGGUAUCUCGAAGGCUGCUCCCUCGGAUGUGCGCCCUCCCGAUGCCGAACGCACUGCAUCAACGCAGGACAUGCCUAUCUCCAGCAACCCUGCUUCACCUCUCCCGCUGUCGAGCAGUAUUGCCUCACCUUCAGCGCAGCCUGCGGCCACUGCCGCAGAUGAUGAACCAUCGGCCGAUUCGUCGGAUGACGAGGACGACGGUCCCGAGGACUUGGAGGGUCCGCGUAGGGGUUACACAGACCGUCAGAUGUCACCGUCUCCGGCGGAACCCUCUCUCACUGGCUCCUCUCCCAUUUCCGCUGCUGCUUCGGUCCCUCCAGAGGAGAUUCAACACAAGACCCGCCGCAGUGCUCCGCCUCCUCCCUCUGUCCGUCCGCCUGGGACGACCUCCCCUCAUGUCUUGCCCGUCGCAACCUCGCCGACUGUCCGCUCACUUGGAAGCAUGUCUCCUCCCUCCGCUCGUUCCCCCGGGGUGGUCUCUCCUCCCAAUCCACGCUCGCCCAGGGCAACCUCGCCUAACGUGACGGGUGAUGGAGACCCCUUCGGUGCUGUAGCUGUUUCGCAGGCCGUUGCCGGACCUCCGGCUACAGCUUCACCUCUUGCGGCCCAGUCAUCAUCGGGUAGGACAUCUCCAGCUAAGGCCGAUCCUUCAAGCCUCCCUGAGGGACAGGACCCUUUCGGCGCUUCGUUCAACACAAAGGCGCCUGCAGGUGACGUCCAUCAAUUCGACGACGGCGAGUUCGACUUCCCAGAUCUCCCCCCCGCAACCCAGAACCCUUCCCAAACCCCUGCCACCACAUCCUUCGAUGAUGAGUUUGCGACUUUCGAUGAGGAUUUCGAGAAGGCUCCGUCCCAGCUGAACAGUAGCUCGGACCAGUCCAACUCCCUCCUUCAGUCGUACGAAGUCGUCAUGUCUCCACAUGAAGCUGGGGCUUCCAAACUUGAUGCGUGGGGUCUGAACAGUCAAGCCAAGCCUGCGGGUGCUGGUGACACAUCGGGCUUCUCUUUCGAUGAUGCGUUUGGCCAGCCUCAGCACCAGGCCACGAUACCUGGCGGGUUCGACGAUGCCUUCGGUCAAUCACAACCGGCGAUUCAACAGCAAGGUCAGGCGCAACAGGACGCCUUCAACGACGCAUUCGCCCCACCUCCCGCUGCGGGUGAACAGAGCAGCUUCAAGGAUGCUCACUCCUUUGACGAUGCGUUUGGAGUAGGCCCUGCUCCAGAAAUCAGUGAGCCAACCAACAUUGGUCUUGCAGACAGUGGCCCGUCAUUCAAUUCUGGCCCCGUACCGCUGGCGAGUGGAGGCUCCGGUCCGCCCAUGCUUCCCAAGCGGCCGUCUGUCAACAUGGACCCGAGUACGAGUGAUCUGGCCCAGCCUGAUGACCUCAAGGACGUUAAGAAGCUCUGCGAAUUGGGCUUCCCUCGUACCCUUGUUGUAGAGGCUCUGGGUGCCAACGGCUAUGACUUCCAGAAGGCCCUCAACGUCCUUCUCGUCAAGUAG